AAAUUCGUGUAAAAUAAUUUCCCACUUCUCGCCCGCUUUCUCGCUUUCCAGUCGCUUCUUUAUGACUCAUUCUUUCGUUAGUGCGCGACAGUGGUGCCCGCUUCUGACUGGAGAGCGGCAGUCCAGAUCGAAGUCGUCGAGAGAAUGGAGGUGCUCCAAGCGGCAGUGCUUGGUCUCUUGAUCUUCUUGCUAGCUCAGUGGGGGUAUGCCGCGCCUUCCAGAAUGCAGUUCUAUAUGCACGACAACUUCAAUCUCUCGCCGAGGACGGUGCUCCGGGUCGCGGGCUCCGCGAACUCUACAGCCGCAUUUGGAGCGGUGAUGGUGAUCGACGAUCUGCUCACCCAGGGCCCCUCGCCGGCGUCACAGCCGGUUGGAAGAGCGCAGGGGACUUACAUGAUCAGCGCGCUGGACGGCUCCAGCUUGCUCCUGACGUUCACGGCGGUGUUUAGCCGCGGGAGUGAGAAUGGCAGCACCAUAAGCUUCCAUGGCGCGGACAGGUUCCUGCUAGCGGAGCGCGAGAUCGCGGUGAUCGGAGGCACUGGAAAGUUUCGAAUGGCUCGAGGGUUUGCAGUACUCAACACGACAUCGAACACCAACAGAGCCACAAUCGUGGGCUUCGAUGUUACUCUGCAAGUUUGAUCGCUACCGUUAAAAUGUUUUAAAUUCUAGCAUAUUCUACAGGUGGCUUUAUCGUAGCCGUGCAAUUC